GCCCUGGGUAUGUCAUUGCCAAUGCCAUGGAUGUCUCCCAGCUGUGUCACUGCCGAUGCCCUGGGUAGUCCCCAAGCCGUGUCACUGCCAGUGCCCCGGGUGUGUCACUGCCCAUGCCCUGGGUGUCCCCGAGGUGCCCUGGGUGUCCCCCAGCCGUGUCACUGCCGAUGCCAUGUCUCUAACUGUGUUUUCUGCCCCGCUGCUGUGUUGUGUGUGAGCUCUGUUGUUUUCUGCCGCUCUGUCACUGCGUUUCUGCUGCCCCUCCCUGCAGCCGGGUUUGUCAAGUCGCCCAUGUCAGAAACUAAGCUCACGGGGGACGCCUUUGAACUGUACUGUGAUGUGGUUGGGAACCCCACUCCAGAGAUCCAGUGGUGGUAUGCGGAAGUCAACCGGGCAGAGGCUUUCAAACAGCUGUGGGAUGGCGCUCGGAAGCGCCGUGUCACCAUUAACACUGCCUACGGGGCCAAUGGGGUGAGUGUGCUGAGAGUAACCCGCCUUACCUUGGAAGACUCUGGGACUUACGAGUGCAGGGCCAGCAACGAUCCCAGGAGGAAUGACUUGAGGCAAAAUCCCUCCAUUACGUGGAUUCGAGCCCAGGCUACUAUAAGCGUCCUGCAGAAGCCGCGGAUCAACGCCAGCGAGGACGUGGUGCUGCACGUGGCCGGCGUGGCCGUCACGCUGCAGUGCAACCUGACCAGCAGCCCCAGCCCCCUGGCCGCCAGCUACUGGGUGAAGAACGGAGAGGAGAUCCCGGGCACCAGGAAAGCCUCCAACACCACUGAGUACAGGAUCCUGAAGGCCCGAGCAGAGGAGUCAGGGGAGUACCUGUGUGUGUUCGUGUUCUCCGGCUCUCCCGUGGCCAACGCCACCAUCGAGGUCAGAGCCACUCCUGACAUCACUGGGCACAAGAGGAGCGAGAACAAAAACGAGGGCCAGGAGGCCCUGAUGUACUGCAAGUCCGUGGGCUUCCCCCACCCCGAGUGGGUGUGGCGCAAGAAGGUCAAUGGCGUGUUUGAGGACAUCAACAACUCCUCGGGCAGGUUCUUCAUUUCCAACAAAGAGAACUACACCGAGCUGAGCAUCACAAACCUGCAGAUCAACGAGGACCCCGGCGAGUACCAGUGCAACGCCACCAACCAGGUGGGCUCCAUGUCGGUCACCACCAUCCUGCGUGUGCGCAGCCACCUGGCCCCGCUGUGGCCCUUCUUGGGCAUCCUGGCAGAGAUCGUCAUCCUGGUGGUCAUCAUCGUCAUCUACGAGAAGCGGAAGCGGCCGGACGAAGUUCCCGACGAUGAUGAACCAGCUGGGCCAAUGAAAACCAAUUCUACAAACAAUCACAAAGACAAAAACUUACGUCAGAGAAACACAAAUUAAAAAUGCUCAUCAUAGCUUUAAGUUUCUGAGAGACUGAUGGCAAUAUGACCUGCUAAAUUUAAGGGUUGGAACUCUUGGUUCUAGAACUCCAGUUCUGUCUGAUUUCUUUUUUUUUUUUUUUUUCUUUCCUUUCCAAGUGAGCAACAAUAUGACUGUCUAACGCAUGCCUUAUUUAGCCUCUCCUGCAAGGAUGACCUAGCCAGAUGAAUUUUAAUAAUGCUUCCGUGUAGAAGGUGUAAACUCUUUUGGGCUUGAUGUGCUGUGAAUGUUGCUUUUUUUUCCUCCUUUCCUCUCUUUACACGAGCAGUAGCCAGGCGGGUUCACGCAUGCGCUGUUUUUUACUUCCUGUAGCUGUUAAAUUCGGCACCGCUCAAACCGCACCGCUGCCAUCUAGUGAGACUUCUUUUGUAAAGUACAGCAAAACUUAAAGAUAUAUACAGUAUAUAUUUAUAUUUGGGGGAGGGGAAACCAGAAGUCGUUGUGGUUCAUUUUGAAGCUGCUGAUAUUCAUUCCUUACUGUAUGGCUGGAAGGAGGGAGUGAUGCCGGGCCGGUGCUCGCAGCAGGGACAUUGGAAUUUCCUUAAGGGCUUUAAUGGAGCGCGGGGUGUCCUGUUGGGCGUCGGGGCUGGGUGGUGCCAGGGGCUGCUGGUGGUGGUGGGAUGCAGUUGGAAACAAAAACAAACCUUCAGUUUAUAAAUAUAUAUAUAUGAUUGCUUUUUAAGUGAUUUUUUUUUUUGUUAACUCAUGUAAAUUCUCAAAUCCUUUUGCACUGAUGUGUUCGACAUAUUCUUGUACAUUCAAUUCAGGCAAACUUUUAUAAUUUUUUUUUUUUUUUUUUUUGUUUUGUUUAAAUGAUGAAAUGUUACAGCAUGGUGAUAUUCUAUGCAACUAGUUAUUCCUCUUUAGUUUGACACUGUAAUUUCUCAUGAUUUAAAGAUUGUAGAAAUAGACCUACCAGGGUUCUCAUGAUGUGCGUAACUGUAGCUGCAUGAACUCGUGUUCUGUGUAUUUGUUGAAGUGCAAUGAUGUAUAAAACGUGGAUUCACCUGUUUUUAAAAAUAAAACACCGACAAAAACC